AUGGUACUAAUGAAUGAUUGCGAAUGCAGUCAACAGUCAUAUAUUCAAUUAUCACCUUAUUUUCACCAAGUCGGUGGUCAUUCGUCCAUGUUUCAAUAUGGUAAAGAUACUGUUUGUAAAGUUCUUGAAUCAUCUGAAUUAGAAUUUUAUGAAUCGAUGCCAGAUUCAUUAAAGAAAUUCACGCCGGAAUUUCGAGGCAUUGUAACAGUACAAUAUUGUGAAGACGAAUUAGGAUUUAUUAAACUUGUUGCUCAACCUGAAACAACUUGUAAUGAUGAUGAUCAUUCUUCGAAUGAAGAUGAAAUGAAAAUAACAACUGAUCAAGAAUCAACAGAUCAUAAUUCGAAAAAAUCUGUACAAUUACGCUGUUCGGAAGAUGGACGUGUUGAUUAUUCAAAUAAUUUGGGCACUGAUGCGGUUAAUUAUGAGCAGGGGAAAAUAAUCAUGUCAAAAAUUAACCCUUGGGGUUUACAAUUAUGUAAGAAACAAGCAGAAAAAUUGCACCGACAACUGCUGGGCGAUGAAAAUGUUACUAUUUCACAGAAAUAUAUUCUAUUGGAAAAUGUAACAGCGCAAUUUCGAUACCCAUGCAUACUCGAUUUAAAAAUGGGUAGAAGACAACAUGCUGAUAUUGAUUCCGAUAAAAAGCGACAAUCCAAAAUUCAAAAAUGUGAAUCAUCAACGUCAUCAACUUUAGGUGUGCGGCUGUGUGGAAUGCAGGUUUACCAAGUUGAUAGUGGUCGAUAUAUUUUUACAGAUAAAUAUCGCGGUCGAAUAUUAACUAUUGAUGGGUUUCGUUCAACAUUAGUAGAAUUUUUUAACAAUGGCCGAAUAAAGCGUCUUGAUGUCCUGCCAGCAAUAAUCGAAAGACUUGAGUCAUUAUAUGAAACAAUAAACUUUCUAUCAACAUACCGUUUUUAUAGUGGAAGUCUUUUAAUUGUUUAUGAUGGUUUAUUACAAUCAAAUCUCAUUGAUAUACGUAUGAUUGAUUUUGCCCAUUCAGUUCAUGCGACACCAGCGACUGACGAAAUAUCCGCAGCAAAUAAUCAUGUAGGCCCCGAUAGAGGUUAUUUGUUUGGACUUGAACGUCUCAUAGAUGUUUUCAAAGAAAUAUUAAACGAGGAAAAAAAAUCAACGCCAACAUUAAAUCUUGAUAAUUAA